AGUGAGAGUCAACAGGGGAGACGAUCUAUAUAUGUUUUUCUCUAUGGUUCCGCGCUCCACGCCCCCGGCGCAGUGCACGCCGGGCAAGAGGAAGACCUCCAGCAGCUCCCCGCGCAGCGCGGCUGUAUUUGCGGCCUGUGCAAGUAGGCGCUUCGGACCUCAAUCUCCCUGGCGAGCGGCGGGCAGAAAUCUCGAACCAGUGGAGCGCACUCGUAACCUGGAUCCUAGAAGGCCGCGAAGGCAGUACCGUUUCCUUAGCGGCGGACUGCUGCAGUAAGAAUGUCUUUCCCCCCUCAUUUGAAUCGCCCUCCCAUGGGAAUCCCAGCACUCCCACCAGGGAUCCCACCCCCGCAGUUUCCAGGAUUUCCUCCACCUGUACCUCCAGGGACCCCAAUGAUUCCUGUACCAAUGAGCAUUAUGGCUCCUGCUCCAACUGUCUUAGUACCCACUGUAUCUAUGGUUGGAAAGCAUUUGGGUGCAAGAAAGGAUCAUCCAGGCUUAAAGGCUAAAGAAAAUGAUGAAAAUUGUGGUCCUACUACUACUGUUUUUGUUGGCAACAUUUCCGAGAAAGCCUCAGACAUGCUUAUAAGACAACUCUUAGCUAAAUGUGGUUUGGUUUUGAGCUGGAAGAGAGUACAAGGUGCUUCCGGAAAGCUUCAAGUUUCCCCUGAAUUUGCUGUUUUCUUUAAGAAUGCAAGACCAGAAACUGUCACUAAUGACGAUGAAGAAGCCUUGGAUGAAGAAACAAAGAGGAGAGAUCAGAUGAUUAAAGGGGCUAUUGAAGUUUUAAUUCGUGAAUACUCCAGUGAGCUAAAUGCCCCCUCACAGGAAUCUGAUUCUCACCCCAGGAAGAAGAAGAAGGAAAAGAAGGAGGACAUUUUCCGCAGAUUUCCAGUGGCCCCACUGAUCCCUUAUCCACUCAUCACUAAGGAGGAUAUAAAUGCUAUAGAAAUGGAAGAAGACAAAAGAGACCUGAUAUCUCGAGAGAUCAGCAAAUUCAGAGACACACAUAAGAAACUGGAAGAAGAGAAAGGCAAAAAGGAAAAAGAAAGACAGGAAAUUGAGAAAGAACGGAGAGAAAGAGAGAGGGAGCGUGAAAGGGAACGAGAAAGGCGAGAACGGGAACGAGAAAGGGAAAGAGAACGUGAACGAGAAAAGGAGAAAGAACGGGAGCGGGAACGAGAACGGGAUAGGGACCGUGACCGGACGAAAGAGAGAGACCGAGAUCGGGAUCGAGAGAGAGAUCGUGACCGGGAUAGAGAACGGAGCGAAGGAGGGAGGAAGGGUCGGAGUCGAUCAAGAGAAAAAAGCAGAGAUCGUGAAAGGGAACGAGAGCGGGAAAGAGAGAGAGAGAGAGAACGAGAGCGAGAACGAGAACGGGAGCGAGAGAGAGAGCGAGAGAGGGAACGGGAGCGAGAAAGAGAAAAAGACAAAAAACGGGACCGAGAAGAAGAUGAAGAAGAUGCAUAUGAACGAAGAAAACUUGAAAGAAAACUCCGAGAGAAAGAAGCUGCUUAUCAAGAGCGCCUUAAGAAUUGGGAAAUCAGAGAACGAAAGAAAACCCGGGAAUAUGAGAAAGAAGCUGAAAGAGAAGAAGAAAGAAGAAGAGAAAUGGCCAAAGAAGCUAAACGACUAAAAGAAUUCUUAGAAGACUAUGAUGAUGAUAGAGAUGACCCCAAAUAUUACAGAGGAAGUGCUCUUCAGAAAAGGUUGCGUGAUAGAGAAAAAGAAAUGGAAGCAGAUGAACGAGAUAGGAAGAGAGAGAAGGAGGAGCUUGAGGAAAUCAGGCAGCGCCUUCUGGCAGAAGGGCAUCCAGAUCCAGAUGCAGAGCUCCAGAGGAUGGAACAAGAGGCCGAGAGGCGCAGGCAGCCACAAAUAAAGCAAGAGCCAGAAUCAGAAGAAGAGGAAGAAGAAAAGCAAGAAAAAGAAGAAAAACGAGAAGAACCCAUGGAAGAGGAAGAGGAGCCAGAGCAAAAGCCUUGUCUGAAACCUACUCUGAGGCCCAUCAGCUCUGCUCCGUCUGUUUCUUCUGCCAGUGGCAAUGCAACACCUAACACUCCUGGGGAUGAGUCUCCCUGUGGUAUUAUUAUUCCUCAUGAAAACUCACCGGAUCAACAACAACCUGAGGAGCAUAGGCCAAAAAUAGGACUAAGUCUUAAACUGGGUGCUUCCAAUAGUCCUGGUCAGCCUAAUUCUGUGAAGAGAAAGAAACUGCCUGUAGAUAGUGUCUUUAACAAAUUUGAGGAUGAAGACAGUGAUGACGUACCCCGAAAAAGGAAACUGGUUCCCUUGGAUUAUGGUGAAGAUGAUAAAAAUGCAGCCAAAGGCACUGUAAACACUGAAGAAAAGCGUAAACACAUUAAGAGUCUCAUUGAGAAAAUCCCUACAGCCAAACCUGAGCUCUUCGCUUAUCCCCUGGAUUGGUCUAUUGUGGAUUCUAUACUGAUGGAACGUCGAAUUAGACCAUGGAUUAAUAAGAAAAUCAUAGAAUAUAUAGGUGAAGAGGAAGCUACAUUAGUUGAUUUUGUUUGUUCUAAGGUUAUGGCUCACAGUUCACCCCAGAGCAUUUUAGAUGAUGUUGCUAUGGUACUUGAUGAAGAAGCAGAAGUUUUUAUAGUCAAAAUGUGGAGAUUAUUGAUAUAUGAAACAGAAGCCAAGAAAAUUGGUCUUGUGAAGUAAAACUUUUUAUAUUAAGAGUUCCAUUUCAGGUUUCUUCUUCGCCACCCUUUUAAGGACUUUGAAUUUUUCUUUGUCUUUGAAGACAUUGUGAGAUUUGUAAUUUUUUUUUUUUAUUGUAGAAAAUGUGAAUUUUUUGGUCCUCUAAUUUGUUGUUGCCCUGUGUACUCUCUUGGUUGUAAAGUCAUCUGAAUCCUUGGUUCUCUUUAUACUCACCAGGUACAAAUUACUGGUAUGUUUUAUAAGCCGCAGCUGCUGUACACAGCCUAUCUAAUAAUAAUCUUGUUCUGCUGAUUUGUUUCUUGUAAAUAUUAAAACAACUCCCCAAUUAUUUUGCAGAAUUGCACUUAAUAUUGAAAUGUACUGUAUAGGAACCAACAUGAACAAUUUUAAUUGAAAACACCAGUCAUAAACUAUUAACCACUCCCACUCUCUGUUGAUCAGAAAUGGCAAGCCCUUGUGAAGGCAUGAAGUUUAAAAUUGGAGUGCAAAAAUUAGCAGACAAUCCAUUCCUACUGUAUUUCUGUAUGAAUGUGUUUGUGAAUGUAUGUGUAAAAGUCUUUCUUUUCCCUAAUUUGCUUUGGUGGGGUCCUUAAAACAUUUCCUAACUAAAGAAUAGAAUUGUAAAGGAAAAAUGAUACUGUUCCAACCUAAAAUGUCUGUUAUAAUUAGGUUAUUAGUUUCCCAGAGCAUGGUAUUCUCGUAUCGUGAGCAAUGGUCUGCUAACUGGAUGGGGUUUUCUUAUUAAUAAGCUGGCUGCUUCAGCUUCUCUUUUAAAGGAAUGUGGAUCAUAGUGAUUUUUCCCUUUAAUUUUAUUGCUCAGAAAUGAGGCAUAUCCUAAAAUACUGGAGAGUUGUAUUUAAUGCAUUUUUGCACUUAUUGGUCCGUAGUUGAAAUCUGUUAUAUCCCUUUAUUUAACAAAAAAUUCAUCAUACCAAAAGUAUAAGUGAAAACCCCCUUUAAAACAAAACAAAAAAAUGAAGUAAAAUUAGGCAAAUUGACAGACAAUGAGAGUUUUACAAACAUGAUAGGUAUUCUGCUCGGCAAUUUGUAAGUUUACAUCUUAUUUAAGGAUAAAGGUAAAUCAUUCAAGGCAAUUACCAACCACUAACUUUUUGUUUUCAUUUUUGUCUUGUAGGUUUGUAUCUUGUUUUACCUUGGCUCAUUAGUGUUUAAAACUAUACUGAUGAUGUGCUUAGAGAAAUUCCUGGGGCUUUCUUUGUUGUAGAUCAGAAUUUCACCAGGGAGUAAAAUUACGUGAAAAUGUAACAAGUUUUAAACAGCUUUUCACACAAAUUAGAUGCAGCUGUUCCCAUGUCUGAAUACUUAUUUAAAAGAAAGGUAAAGAUUGGCCUGUUAGAAAAGCAUAAUGUGAGCUUCGGAUUACUGGAUUUUUUUUUUUUUUUUUUUUUUUUUAAACACACCUCGAGAGGACAUUUGAAAACACUGUUCUUACCCUCGAACCCUGAUGUGGUUCCAUUAUGUAAAUAUUUCAAAUAUUAAAAAUGUAUAUAUUUGAUCCUGGGGACUCAUGUUCUUUCAGAAUCAUGUAAAUAAAUGGCAUCAUGUUGUAAUUGUGUGGUGCAUACUAGAAAACUUAAAAAUACGGGCUGAAUUUUU